UUUGAUAGAUAUACAUAUUUAAAAAAACUUUAAGAUUCAAAAAAUAUUUGUAUGAAGUUGUUUCGUUAAAAGUCUGAGACUCCAUAUAUAUGUGAUAUAUAAAAAGGAAUAUAAAAGCACUUUCUUAUUUAUUUGAUAUCUACAAAUGCGAAUUUAAUGUAUAUUUGUAUAAUUUAUUUGUAUUUAUUAUUAUUAUUAUUUGCAAAAGUAUUAAUUAGUUAUUACUACGGAGAAAAUUGUUGAAAGUUCAAAAAUUUUCUAGUUGAUAGCCAAUCGCCAUACUGGACGAACUUAUCGCCGCAUGAAGAAUCAGCCUUAAGUAUUCGUAGUGCCUAGUUUAUAAAAUUCGUUUUAAAAUGGCGUAUCGAUCAAACGUUCGAUUAGGUUAGAGUUGCCGUUAAAUAUUUUGUGUAACGACACUUCGCGAAACGCUCACUUCUUGUCAAGAUGAAAAAAGCGAUAUGCAUUGCAGACUUGAGAAGAAAAUAAUAGGGGAAUAGCUUUAUUUUGAUAGAGCAAAGAAAAUUAUCGUAGCAGCUAAAUUUUCAAUCAAAAAUGUUCAAAAAUACUUUCCAAAGUGGAUUCUUGUCCAUCCUAUACAGCAUUGGCAGCAAACCGCUACAAAUCUGGGAUAAAAAAGUGAGAAAUGGACAUAUUAAGAGGAUCACUGACAAUGACAUUCAGAGCCUCGUUCUAGAAAUACUGGGCAGCAAUGUUAGUACAACAUAUAUUACAUGUCCUGCAGAUCCAAGAAAAACUUUGGGUAUAAAGUUACCUUUCUUGGUGAUGAUCAUUAAAAAUCUGAAGAAAUAUUUCACGUUCGAGGUUCAAAUAAUUGAUGAUAAGAACGUACGUCGCAGAUUCCGCGCUAGCAACUAUCAAUCUACGACAAGAGUAAAACCAUUUAUCUGUACUAUGCCAAUGAGACUAGAUGAUGGGUGGAAUCAAAUACAGUUCAACUUGGCUGAUUUUACACGCCGAGCUUAUGGAACAAAUUAUGUAGAGACAUUGAGAGUGCAAAUUCAUGCUAAUUGUAGGAUACGACGAGUGUACUUCUCAGAUCGAUUGUAUUCAGAGGAUGAAUUGCCAGCAGAAUUCAAAUUAUUCUUACCCAUUCAAAAUAAGGCAAAAUGUUAGGAACUAAUGAAGAAAUAUGCGCUUUCAAUAAAAGGAAAGUAUUGUUCAUUUUUUCUCUUUAAAAUUUAUUUAAAUUUAUUACAAAUAAAGCAUUUCAUAUAUUUA